GCCGGGCGUCUCCAGAAGCCCUCAGCCCCCGCCGUCCUCACACGCCCCCCGGCCUCGCGCGUGAGGCGCCCCCGCCACACGAAGUAUAUAUUCCAAGGCACGUGAGAAUUCAAAUGCACCAAGUAGAGCUAGAGUGCUUUUUUACAGAGGAGCACUUUAGGCGAGACAAGAAGAUAUACUGUCAAGUUCUAGAAGGAUUUUCUACCAUUUUCUUCUCCACCCUGAAGAUACUUGGAAAUUAAUGGAUAACGUUUUGCCUGAAAAUUACUGAAUGCUUUUUCUCCUUAUCUCUGAGGCCUUCUGUGGAGAAUUAAUAAGAGGUCGAAUGCGCACAUGGAUAAAAUGGAUCACCUUAAAGGAUUGAAGUUCCAAAAAUAUAUCAGCAGGACUGGACAGGCUUGACAUAAUGAGAUUUCUAUUUUAGCUUGACUUCUGGAACUCUGAAUAAACUAUAAACUGAGCUACAUUAGGUUCUGGGAAGGCAGUUUCUCUUCUAAAAUAUUCUCGCUGCAUCUAACCUUUUUCUUACUCAAAUCCUUUGAAAAAAAUAUAUUUAGUCAUCAAUUUCCUGAGAAAUAAGGUGAUUAGACUCUUUCAGUAUAUGAAGUAGACUAGAAAACAGCAAUUUGUGCCAUACUGGAAAAGUAAAUUAAAAGAAACAGAUACAAGGAAUCUGAGAAAACCGCUGCAGAAAUACUAACUGAGAUGGCAGAAGCUUCUGUGGAUGCCUCGUCUCUGCCUGCAACAGUGAAGAAGAAGAAAAGCCUAUCCAUUGAAGAAAAGAUUGACAUCAUAAAUGCAGUAGAAAGUGGCAAGAAAAAAGCAGAGAUUGCAGCUGAAUAUGGAAUAAAGAAAAAUUCACUGUCUUCUAUUAUGAAGAAUAAAGACAAAGUUCUAGAAGCCUUCGAAUCUCUGAGAUUUGAUCCGAAGAGAAAAAGACUGAGAACUGCUUUUUACACAGAUCUGGAAGAGGCUUUAAUGAGGUGGUAUCGAAUUGCUCAGUGUCUAAAUGUCCCAGUUAAUGGUCCAAUGUUGCGUCUAAAAGCUAAUGAUUUUGCCCAGAAACUGGGACAUAAUGAUUUUAAGUGCAGUAACGGUUGGCUGGAUCGCUUUAAAUCCAGGUAUGGUUUGGUGUUCAGAGCUCAGCCUGUGGAAGCUACAGGCGUAUCGAUAGACCCUUCAGCUGUCUGGCACCAAAAUGUGCUUCCUUAUUAUUUAAAUGAUUAUCAUCCUAAAAAUGUUUUUAAUAUAAAAGAGACUGGGCUAUUUUAUCGAAUGUUACCUACAAAUACAUUUGCAUUUAAAGGAGAAACGUGCUCAAUUGGAAAAUUGUGCAAAGAUAGAAUAACUUUGGUGGUUGGGACAAACAUGGAUGGCUCAGAGAAACUACCUUUGCUUGUCAUUGGAAAAAACAGAAACCCACAUUGUUUCAAAGGUAUAAAAUCAUUGCCUGUGUAUUAUGAAGCUAAUGGAAUGGCUUGGAUGACCUCAGCUGUAUUUGAACAGUGGAUGCGCCAGCUUGAUGAGAAAUUUCAAGCCCAGCAACGAAGAGUGGUGAUUUUUGUUGACUCUUUUCCUGCUCAUCCAGAAGUAAAGAACCUAAAAUCCAUCGAAUUAGCAUUUUUUCCAUCAUGUUUAUCCUCCAAAUUUAUAGCUAUGAAACAGGGUGUUAUCAAAAACCUGAAAAUCAAAUAUCGACGUUGUCUUAUCAAGAAAUUUUUAAGCUCUGUUGAAGGUAGCAGAGAAUUUACAUUUUCUCUACUGGAUGCAAUUGAUACCUUGCAUCUCUGUUGGAGGGCUGUAACCACAGAGACCAUUGUUAAGAGCUUUGAGGAGGCCGGAUUCAAAUUUCAGAAGGGAGAAAGCGAUGAGACAAAUGCAGAGCUGGACACUGGUUUUGAUUUGGUUGCCCAUGCCCAGGCAGCCGGAGUGGAGUUUCCUGAAGGUUUAUCUGUGGAAGAGUAUGCUGCCCUGGAUGACGAUCUGGAGACUUGCGAAGGGUCACCAAGCAGUGACGCAGUGUGGAACAGAGAAAGUCAGUCAGAUGAAACUGGAUUUUAUGCUUCUGAUGAAGAGGAUGAUGGUGGAUCUCUGGGAACUGAGCCCCCUUCACCUUCAAAAACUGAGGCAAUAACUGCUUUAGAGACUCUUAAAAAUUUUCUUAGAAGUCAAGAUAUGAAUGAUGGGCUACAUAAUUCUUUAGCAGACCUUGAGAUUUUUAUUAACUCUUUGUCAUCUAAAUAACUAUUUAUUGUACAAUAUCUGAAGAGUCAUAGCUUUUCCUGAUGCUUUUUUACCAUAAAAGGUAUGUAAAAGGAAAAUACCACUUAAACAUAAAAAUGAAAAGCU